AAAAUCUCACUUCCUUACUACCUGUCCACUGUCGUCGUCUCUGCAGUUUCCUUCCCCUCCUUCCACUCUGCAACAACCUACUUCUGUAAUCUCCACUUCUCCUUCCACUUGGAAGUAGAGAGACGAAGAGAGAGGGAUAUGAUUCUCUCGGCCCUGCUCACUUCAGUUGGAAUCAAUCUCGGCCUCUGUUUCUUGUUCUUCACUCUCUACUCCGUGCUCCGGAAGCAGCCAUGGAACAGCGCCGUCUACGCUCCACGCCAGAUCGCUAAGCAAAGACGAAAAUCUCAGAACGGCGGCGACGAGGAGGAGGAGGAGGAGGAUGGUUUCUUCAACUUCGACAUGCUGUUGCCUUCCGCUGGCUGGGUGCGACGCGCGUGGCAGGUCUCCGAGGACGAGUUGCUCUGCCGCUCCGGCCUCGAUGCUGUUGUUUUCAUACGCAUUUUCGUCUUCAGCUCGAGAGUGUUCGCGAUCGGCGGGGCGAUUGGGAUUUUCGUUCUCCUUCCGGUGAACUACUUGGGGAAUCAAUUGAGUAUCGACUUCUAUGAUUUGCCGAACAAGAAUCUGGAAACUUUCAGUAUAUCGAAUGUUAAUGAUGGAUCAAACUGGUUAUGGGUUCACUUUUCGGCUGCCUACAUCUUUACUGGAGUUGUCUGCUACCUUCUUUAUUAUGAGUAUAACCACAUCUCCCUGAGAAGGAUUGCUUCUUUUCACUCGUCUCCACCUCAGCCACGUCACUAUACGAUUGUUGUCCGUGGUAUACCAUCUUCUGAAGGAAGAAGCUUUAGUGAAGCUGUCCAGGCGUUUUUUACUGAUAAUCAUCCAUCUACAUAUCUUUCGCACAUGGUGGUUCAUCGUACGAGCAAAAUUCGAAGUCUCAUUGUAAGCUUUUUGGGGUGGACUGCAGAUUGAUUCAUUAGAAAUGAGAAAGAUGCAGAGAAACUAUACAGAACUCUUGCCCGGGCGAAAUCACAGAGUUCGCAGCAAAUAAAUAAAAAAGAUAGGUUAUUGGGCCUCUUCCAGGGCAGGGAUACUGAUGUCAGCCAUUAUGAGCAAAAGUUGGAAGAUUUGGAGAGAAAUGUGAGAACAGAACAGCAUUCUUUGACUGGGGAGUUGCCUAAAACCAGCGUUGAAGUUCCAGCUGCUUUUGUGUCAUUCAAGUCACGAUUUGGUGCUGCAGUAGCUCUUCAUAUGCAACAAGGUCUCGAUCCCACAGAGUGGCUCACAGAGGAAGCUCCUGAGCCUCGUGACAUCCAUUGGUCGUCCUUUUCUUCUUCAUUCAUGAAAAGAUGGAUUAGCAGGAUAGUUGUCGUGGUUGCGUGUGUUGCCCUCACAAUUCUCUUCCUUAUUCCAGUUGUUUUAGUGCAAGGUCUGGCUAAUCUGGAGCAGCUGGAAACUUGGUUUCCUUUCCUGAAAGGCAUUCUAGAUCUGACCAUUGUCAGCCAAAUCGUUACUGGAUAUUUACCAAGUCUCAUUCUGCAGCUGUUCCUGUAUCUGGUGCCACCUGUUAUGUUAAUGUUGUCCUCUAUGGAGGGAUACCUUUCAUCUAGCAGCACGGAAAAAAGCGCAUGUACCAAGGUUUUGUGGUUUACAAUAUGGAACAUCUUUUUUGCAAAUGUACUAUCAGGUUCAGCUUUCUAUCAGGUGAAUAUCUUCCUUGAACCGAAGAAUAUUCCCAAAAUACUAGCUGAAGCUGUUCCAGGUCAGGCAACCUUCUUUAUCUCAUACGUCGUUACAUCUGGAUGGACGAAAUUAUCAUCUGAAAUCUCUCAGCUGACUUCUCUGCUCUGGAGUUAUGUCACGGGAGUGUUUUCCAGCAAUGACGAUGAGGAAAUUGAGGUCCCAAAGCUGCCCUACCACAGCGAAAUUCCAAGAAUCCUCUUCUUUGGACUCCUGGGCACAACAUACUUCUUCCUUGCACCAUUAAUCCUUCCAUUUCUCUUGAUCUACUUCUGCAUUGGAUACAUCACCUUCCGCAACCAGCUACUAAAUGUAUACGAACCGAAAUACGAAACUAAUGGAAGGUUUUGGCCAAUAGUACAUGGUUCCACAAUCUUCUCCUUGAUCCUGAUGCAUGUUAUUGCCAUUGGAAUAUUUGGGCUGAAGAAGCUGCCUUUAGCAUCCACUUUAACUGUGCCGCUCCCCAUUCUCACACUUCUCUUCAAUGAGUACUGCCGCAGACGAUUCGUACCCCUAUUUCAAUACUAUCCAACCGAGAGUAUCGUGAAAAAAGAUAAAGAAGACCAAAAUCGGCCGAACAUGGCUGAGUUCUACGAUAAAUUAGUUACCGCAUACCGUGAUCCAGCAUUGUUGCCAGUUCAGUAUGCCAGGAACAACAGCAGCCUCAGUUCUCCCCUUCUACAAUCACAAGUUUGAAGCCAGGUUCUUGUUAUUGUGUGCUGACGUGUAUUCUAAAGUAUCAUGCUGGGUCGACAUCUACCCAUUGUUGUUGUAUCUUGCGUUUGGGAAAUAAGGAAGCGAUUGUGGUGUGUUAUGUUCUAUAAAUUGGAGCAUCAACUAUCAUCUACUAUGUUCAGUCAACGCAUCCAUUUGGUAGGCAAAGAGAUCACAUUAACAAACCAUAGAAGGAAAAAGAAGAGAACAUUCCUAUAAAAUUCCAGUACAUUGAUUAAUCUCUCCGGUCAAGAAACCGCUUUUGGCCCAACAAGCCAGGAGACAUCCUCCCAAAGCCCAAAACUAGCUUCCUUAUCCAGCCCAAUAACACUCGAGCUACAGGCCGCCAAAGUCCAAUACCCAGCAUCAAUCUCCUCCUUCAACUGCUCCGUCUCCCAACCGCAAUACCCGUCGAAGAAUCUGAAAUCCCCGACGCCGACCAUAUUCCUCUUCACCAUCUCCGCCGCGCACCCCGCCGUCUCCUUCGUCCCGUAGUACAGCCCUUUCAUCACCUCCUCGAACACCCCGCUCCUCGCCAGCCUGUCCUUGUCGUACCCACCUCUGGGCCUCACCAGAAACAGGCCUUCCUCCAAUGGGCCUCCGAAGAACAACGGCCGGCCCGAAAACGCUUCUGGAGGCAUCACAUUCACAGACAGAGAAGACGACGUCGUGGCGGUGUUUCGCAUCUCCUUGAUGGACAUGAGGGACGGGCUGUUGAGGAUGAUGCCCAAUGGGCCUGCAGGGCCCGUUGAAAGGAGAAGGACCACCGUCCGUUCGAAGAUGUGGACCCCGUCCAGCUUCUCCGUUGCGAUGAGCAGGCACCCUCUUUCCGGCUCGUGGAUGGCGUGGGCCCAUCUAUCUCCCACCGUCACCAGCUGCGGCGGCGGUUGUGCUGUACGCUUCUCGUCUAGAUCUGCCGCCGGCGAGCUUUUCCCGGUGCUCGCGGUCAUAAAGGCUUGCUCGUUAGCGACCAUUUUCGCCCUGAACCAUCUCCAAUCAGCCUGCAGGAAGGAUUCGGCGUGCUGAUGCAGAUCGUCGGACGAUCCCGCCGAUUGACAGCCUGUAAUGGAGGAGGAAAGGCGAACUCUUUUGGGUUGAAAUUGUGAUCCAUUGGAGCAUCUUCUUGAACAAGGGAAGUGGAGGAAUCUGGAUGAAGGAGUGGGGAAUUCUAGUGCAGUAGUAGUUUUGGUGAAGGGAUUGGAGGAACUGAGAAAGCAAUUGGCAUCCAUGAUCAUCCAAGCUUUUUUCCUCUGUUUUUGUCGGUUUGAAAUCGGGUGGGUUCUGGAGAAGUAUUUAUAGAGAGUGUGAGGAUUGCUGAGAACCACAUGAAGUCACUCAGUGAGUCACUUUAUCCCGUGUAGUGUAGAGCAAAUGUUAUAAUA